CUGCUUCUAAUGUUAAAAUAAAAGCAGCAAGGUAUGGCGCUACCUUAUGCACGGAGACUAAAUCCAUGCCAUAGGCAUUGGAUACAACAAUCACUCGCGAAAUCAACAUACAAUGACCUACGAUUCUUUUCACAACACUCGAAUCUCCGACAACAGCCGUCGCCGUACAGCAAUGCGGAGUCGAGGAAAAAGAAUACCUCUACAUUAUAUUACACCCUGAGCGUCAUAAUGGGCACCCUCGCUUUAGCCUAUGGUUCUGUACCGCUAUACAAAAUGAUCUGCCAACAAAUCGGCUGGAACGGCCAACCAGUACAAGUCCACACAAUUGGCUCAAGCGAUACCACCUCGCGCCUUCAACCCGUCACCGACUCACGGCGUUUACGCAUCACCUUCAACGGCUCGGUCUCCGACGUCCUACCCUGGAAAUUCACCCCUCAGCAGCGUGAAGUGCGCGUUCUGCCCGGUGAAACCGCCCUCGCUUUUUAUACUGCCACCAACAAGGGUCCUGCCGACAUCAUCGGCGUUGCAACCUACAGCGUCACGCCAGGCCAAGUCGCCCCAUAUUUUAGCAAAAUCCAGUGUUUCUGCUUUGAAGAACAGAAGCUGAAUGCCGGCGAGUCCGUCGAUAUGCCAGUUUUCUUCUUCAUUGAUCCGGAUUUUGCGAAGGAUCCGAGUAUGCGGAAUAUUGAUACAAUUACGCUGUCGUAUACGUUUUUUAAAGCGAGAUAUGACGACAACGAUAUGCCAUUUGAUAUAAUCUCCACGAUGGCUCUUCUCGUUGACAAACUGCGUCCACGCACACUCGAUACGCUCACUUAUCAUCCAGAGCUAUCAGCACGAUUGAGAUCCUUGGCUCAAAGCGGCGAUUUUCCCCAUCUCCUCGUCUACGGCCCAUCGGGCGCUGGCAAAAAAACCCGCAUCAUCGCCACACUAAAAGAACUAUACGGCCCCGGCGUCGAGAAAAUCAAAGUCGACGCGCGCGUCUUCCAAACAACGAGCAACCGCAAACUCGAAUUCAACAUUGUGUCUUCUGUCUACCAUCUUGAAAUCACACCCUCGGAUGUUGGGAACUACGACCGCGUGGUUGUGCAAGAACUCCUCAAAGAGGUCGCGCAAACACAGCAGGUCGAUCAAUCCGCCAAGCAGCGCUUCAAAGUCGUCGUCAUCAAUGAAGCAGACCAUCUCACCCGCGAUGCCCAGGCGGCGCUUCGACGCACAAUGGAGAAAUACAGUCCUAAUUUGCGCCUGAUUUUACUCGCGAAUAGCACGUCGAAUAUCAUCGCGCCGAUUAGGUCGAGAACGCUGCUGGUUAGAGUCGCCGCGCCGUCGGAGGCGGAUAUCACGGCUGUUCUGCGCGGUGCGGCGGAGAGGGAGAAUUGGGUGGUUGAGGAGUCGUUGAAUAGGAGGAUUGCUAGCGAGAGUGGGCGGAAUCUGCGCAGGGCGUUGUUGAUGUUUGAGGCUAUUUAUGCACAGAAUGAGAAAGUGUCUGAUAAAACCCCCAUCCCACCGCCAGACUGGGAGGCUCUGAUCUCUGUCAUCGCCGAUGAUAUUCUGGCAGAGCGCUCGCCGGCACGAAUACUGCAGGUUCGAGAAAGGCUUUAUGAUUUGCUGACGCAUUGUAUCCCGCCCACGACGAUUCUCAAGACCCUCACCUUCAAACUAAUCACAAAAGUAGACGAUGCCCUAAAGCCAGAGGUCAUCAAGUGGUCCGCCUUUUACGAGCACCGCAUUAAACUCGGCAGCAAAGUCAUAUUCCAUCUAGAAGCCUUUGUGGCAAAGUUUAUGCGUAUCUAUGAAGGAUACCUAAUGAACAUGGACUUUUGAGUUGAAUGUUUGGGAUGUUUGCACGGCGCAUAUGUGGAAACCGAGUGGGAUUUUGUAUGGGUGCAUGGUCGUUAGACGAUUUUCUGAGAAAUGACAAUAUUUAAGCAGUCUUUUUAGCUUGUAGUUCAUGUAAUACCAAUUCAUUACGCAG